AAUUGCUUACGUUUUCUAAGCAAAGUUUAAUCGGUCAUUUGUAUGUACCUAUUGUCACACUACCGUCACAGCAGCAGGCUGUCUUCGCACGUGUGGCACCGAUGGCGUUAAUAUGCCCUACUAUGGCUCCGCCUUUAUGUUAAUUUCAAUGUGCUGUUGUAGGUUGUGACUGAAGACACAACGCAAUGUGGAGUAAACGGCUCAUGGUCGCUUAUUUUGAGAGGGGUGCUCUCUGUAUCUCUGCGUGUGAAAGACCGAAUGUGCGACAUGUAGGCGAGGAAUUAUGCUUCAUAGCCGGACUCAGAAUAAUAGUAUUAUUAUUUAAAAAAUAGCGGAGAAGAGCUCACCUUGAAUCGUGUAAUGGGAGGUCAGAUAACUCGAAAUACCUUGUACGGUACUCUGGGCGGUCCGUUUCCCGUCCCCUCCCACCGAUGCCGCCACAAGCCCAAGCGCUGCCUCUCCUCCGGCCCCGCCCUCCCGGCCAGCCCCCUGCUCUUCCACCCCAGCGCCAAGGGCUCCCAGAUCGUCAUGGACCUGUCCCAGAGGGCCGUGAAGAGGCAGGCCAGCUUCUGCAACGCCAUCACCUUCAGCAACCGGCCCGUGGCAGUGCACGAGCAGGUCAAGCUCAAGAUCACCAAGAAGCAGCCCUGCUGGAGCGGAGCCCUGCGCCUGGGCUUCACCUCCAAGGACCCGUCCCGCAUCCACCCGGACAGCCUGCCCAAAUACGCCUGCCCCGACCUGGUGUCCCAGACCGGCUUCUGGGGCAAGGCCCUGCCCGAGGAGUUCGCCAGCGAGGGGAACGUCGUCGCCUUCUGGGUGGACAAGAAGGGGCGGGUCUUCUACCGCAUCAACGGCUCGGCGGCCAUGCUGUUCUUCAGCGGCGUCCACACCGCCGGGCCCCUGUGGGCCAUGAUCGACGUCUACGGCCUGACCCGGGGCGUGCUUCUGCUCGGAAGUGAGAUAAUGCAGCCGAGCUGUCUGAGGCCACGCCCCUUCGGCACGGUGCGCAUGUCCUCCCUGCGCAGAGAGAGGGACGAGUCACGCCUCUCCAUCAGCCUGUGCGACCUGAGCGCGGAGGAGGAGGAGGAGCGCCUGCGCCCGGCCCCUUCGUCCUGCCCCGUCCCGCAGAACUCCCUGAACUCGCAGCGCUGCUCCCUGCUCCCCCCGCGCCUGGACGCCGACCUACGCUUCCACCCGCUCCACGGGGCCCACGUCGUCCCCCUGGACCCGCGGACGGUGGCGCGCUCCCCCGAGCGCGGGCGCGAGGACCGGACGCUGGCGUUCACCGAGCGCCCGCUCCGCGCCGCCGAGUCCGUCUUCGUCAAGGUGACCGUCGGCCCCGGCCCCGCCCGCCCCGGUUCCCUCUCCUACGGGGUCACGACCUGCGACCCCGGCGACCUGCGGCCCGGCGACCUGCCCUGCAGCCCCGAGUCCCUGGUGGACCGCAAGGAAUUCUGGGCCGUCUGCCGCGUGCCGGUGGCCCUCCACAGCGGGGACGUCCUGGGGUUCACGGUGAACGCGGAGGGGGAGGUCGCUCUCAGCCACAACGGGAGGAACGCUGGCAUGCAGGUCUGCGUGGACAACUCCCGCCCUCUGUGGAUGUUCUUCGGUCUCCAUGGCGCCGUCACGCAGCUGAGGAUUCUGGGUUCGGCUCAGCUGGGCGACCCGCGGGGCCCGUCCGGACCCGGCACCCCGAGCUCCACCCCCGGGACCCCCACGGGAACCUGCAGGGGGAGCGGCGCCUUUGACCCCGCCCUCGGCGGAAGCUGUCCUGGAGCUUUGUGCAGCUCGGCCGACGGGCUGACUCCCAGCUCACCCACCGGCCUCCCCGAGUCCUCCACCUUCCCAUCAGCCCCGGGGUCCUGGAGUGACGAGUGCACCAUCUGCUACGAGAACGCGGUGGACGCGGUGAUCUACUCCUGCGGUCACAUGUGCCUGUGCUACACCUGCGGGCUCAAACUGAAGGGGAUGCCCCGCCCCUGCUGCCCCAUUUGCCGGAGGGCUGUCAAAGACAUCAUAAAGACCUACCGCAGCUCUUAGGCGCCCAAUCAGGGCCCGGGCUCUAAGUCCGGGGCACGCUGCUCAGCCGUUUAUGGUGCCUGCAAGGUCACGCAGAGGUCACGACGGGCCCAUCCAGGCCUGUGACGCGUCUCGCUGACCCGGUCGUCCAGGAGUUUACGCCAAAACACUCACGCUCUACCUGGAGUGGAACUACAUAUUAUUCCCCACCGAGGAUUCAGAAACUGAGGAUUCAGGGGAUUCAGAAACUGAGGAUUCAGGGGAUUCAGAAACUGAGGAUUCAGGGGAUUCAGAAACUGAGGAUUCAGGGGAUUCAGAAACUGAGGAUUCAGGGGAUUCAGAAACUGAGGAUUCAGGGGAUUCAGAAACUGAGGAUUCAGGGGAUUCAGAAACUGAGGAUUCAGAAACUGAGGAUUCAGAAACUUAGGACAUGUGUCUGAGGGCAGGACUGACGGGUGGAUCAUCAGCCUGUCUGGGAGGGGGCUGGAAAGUAAAGCGGACCUCACUUUUUAUGGGUCGAUCUUCGGGUUUGUGUUGUGCUAGUGACUCUGGGUGCAGGCGAUGUGAUCGUACGUUUUCUCCCUUGUAGUUCUGUUUUUCUCCAAAGCUGCUCUAAUGCAGUGGGUUAUGGCCUUACACAGAUUGUAAUUAAAUGUUUAUAUUUUUAUUUAUUUUAUUUUUUUCCCCAGAACCACUUGGCCAUUGCUUUCCAGGCUGUACGGCUUUACCUCUGCCAUUGUGUGUGAUUGUGUCCAACCCUAGGACCAGAUAACAGGGACCUAAACAUGGACUCCACAGAAAAACAACACUAUUAGUAAAUUAAAUUACUGGCAUCUGCACCAUGGAGCAAAGGUCUGUGUAGACCUGUAGUCAAAGAUCAACUUACAGUAUGAAAUAAAAAGCUUACUUUUUAUGUUAUAUAGUGUUGAAAUUAUGUUAAUUACUAUUCUCGUACAUGACAAAUAUGUUCAGAUCUGCAUGAGCAGAAUGUGCAGUGAAUUUGUUCCCUCAGUGGGACGUUUCUGUUGCACCCCAGAUCUUCGGUCAGUUCAUUUCAGUUCAGUCAAUUCAGCAAAUUAAUUGAAAAUUUCUGUAGAACAUUCUGCGCCUUUUUCAGUUUGCUUGCUAAAUGAACUGAACUGAAAUGGUAUUGACCCCAACUGUGUUACACACACAUUCUUAUUCUGUCAGUCAUGACUGAGUGUGAGGACACACACACACACGCAAACACACACAUACACACACAGACACACACACUUAUACACAUACACACACUCAUGAAAACACACACACAUGCACACAGACACACACACUUACAUACACACACUCAUGCAAACACGCACAUACACAUGCACACACACACACACACACAGGAAGCCUCAGCAGUGACAGAAAAAAAUGUAUGGAAACAUCUGGAAAUAGGGGUCUAUGAGCACCUAUGUGCAAGUCACCGACACUUAUACCAAUACCUUAUCAGCUCUAAGAAUGGCAAGCCGUUAAAAUGAGGAUUAGAUUUGUGUACCAGUAGCAAUGCAAUGAAGGGAAGUGUUUUAAGAGUCCUGUGAGGUUUGGGCUAAUUCCAAUUUCCAAUUUCAAUUCAGGAAAUUAAGAGAAAUCCAGUUGAUGAAGUGAAAAAUGGCCGUUAAUGUUCUGCAAGGUUUUUUUCAACUUAUGAACUAAAUUGACUGAGUUGAGAUGGAAUUGACCAAAACGGAGUACCUCUGGCCCUUUUUUAAUUUAUUUUUUUUUUUACUCUGGAUAAAACGCGUGCACGCUAACAUUGUAGAGAGGGGUUAGCAGUCACAAAACCACGCAAUAAUUUACCCUGUUUUCUGAAAGCGGUGCAGCACCGGGACAUCACCGAUGCUGGCGCUGAGGGGCUGUGCCGUCGCCGCGCCGUCGCUGCGACAGUCGCCGUGCCGACAGAACGCAGACCCGACCUGUGACGUCAUCGGACUCGCCCGAUACACAGUCCAGAGACGGCAACGUGCCGCUCCUUCAGUUUAAAUUAAAUGCUGUUCUCGAGAUUUCGACAUUGCAGUCUUUCGUGUGGGAAGCCACGUCUCCUGUGGCACCGAAGCUGAGGUAGACUGCCUCCGGGUCAGUAUUGUGCCGUCUGAUUCACGCUCUUUCGAAUAAGUGCAUUAGCGAUCGCUCUUAAAAUGGAGAAGGGAUUAUCUCUUUCGCACAUUUCCACUCAGCCUCUCCACAUCUCUGGGGUGGUGUACCCAUCCGCUGAGGGCGGCGAACUCUUAAAUUUGGCGUGCGUUAAAACCAAAUAAUGCCAGAGUCUAAUGUAAGAUGAGCAAUACCUUCACAGCACAAAUGAUCGGUUUUACUGGUGUAUUUGGGGUAAGGAUAUUUAAACAAGCUGUCAGUGUACAUAUGGGUGUGUAGUUUACAUAAACUAGAAUUGACAAUUCAGUUUAUACUGAAUGUGGCUACAAUUCAUUGAAUCUGGAAAAGGAAGCAUUCUUUUGUAUCAAUGAGAAAAGGAGGAAUCAUUUUUUAGCUCAUUCAUAAAAAGGUACAUGAAGUUACACUUCGAUAAUAAGCAUUGUAAUCCAUGAUCUGAAAAUAAGAAUAAGAAUCAUUUAAGAAUUAUUUUUAGCUAUUUAUUUAGCUAAUAUAUAUUUAUUAGCUAUAUAUUUUUGACAAUAAAGCACAAUUUUAAUUGUGGUUGUGCUUUUUUUCAACUCUGAUUGGUAUCAAUGGUGUUGAUAUUGUUAAAUUAUCAUUUUAUUGAGAGGUAAAAGCCAUUUUAUAUUCUUCAAACAUAAAUAGAGUGAGAACCAAAGGUCUGAGGUCCACCAAGUCCUGUUUUUUUCCAUUAUUUGUCAAGGAAUAAUGUAAUUAUGAUACUCCAGUUACACUUCUCAUACAUUUUUGAGAACAAGCAGAGCUUAUUAGGCUGGCUAGACAGGCACCAGAUCUGUUUACUUAUGUUUUUAUAGCAUUGUCUUUCUGUCAUGUGCAGCACAUUGGGCUACAGCCACUGUAUGAAAUGUGCUAUACAAAUAAAUAUUGAUUGAUUGAUUGAACCCAGUCAAACAUCUGGAGGAGCAGCUGAAGAGGGGAAAACCCAAACAUCAGCAGAUCAUCUAUGGGAAGUGUUGAAAAAGUGCUGGGGUGAAAUGGAAGAUGAGGUGGGAAGUGUUGAGAAAGUGCUGGGGUGAAAUGGAAGAUGGGGUGGGAAGUGUUGAGAAAGUGCUGGGAUGAAAUGGAAGAUGGGGUGCUGCAUAAGAUGGUGGAAUCAAUGCCAAGCAGAGUUACAGCAGUAAUCAAGGCGGAAGGUGGACACACCAAGUACUAACAAUCUACCUUCAGUAAAUACCUACACACGUAUUAUGAAAUAAUAUUAUGAAAAUAAUACAUUCUUGAAAAAGAAUUGCAAACAGAGUGUCAUGAUUGUAUUGGCCCUGGACAAAUAAUGAAAAUAAUCGGUUCUCGGUAGUGUGCUCUGAGUUUUGGUUCCCACUGUAUAUAGUCCAUUAAAUUGCGGUGACAAUCGAAAAUUGAAGAACAGAUCUUGAAAGCUGUAUUUACCUGACACCUCUUGGGUGUCAUAUAUCUUCUGAAUCUUCGGGUGUGCAGCUUAGUCAAACAUGUCUGUGAACAUGCCUAUACCUUCGUACCUGUGUGGUACUCCAUGUAAAGGUACCAGAAAUGAAAGUUUCUAAUGUUCGCGAGUGUAACCUGAGAUUUACCACUGCUGCUUGUAGAAUCAUCUCAGAUUAAGACUUUUUGGUGCCUCAAAGCGUGUAACGGAAUCUGUUCAUAAUUACACUCCUGAGAAGACCUUACUGAAGAGGAUGAAACAGCUUCAUGCCAUUUAAAAUAAAAUAGGUUUAGGAUUUAUUUUACGCUGCUAAGCAUGUACUAUGUUCCAGUGCCGAUGCAUGCAUUUUCACCAACACACAUGUACACAUAGAAAUGUGAUGUGUUUCAAAUCGCUAAUUACUAACAGAAUGUGGUAUUUUCAGAAAAGUGUUUUGUAAUUAAUGCAGUAUAGUUUCCCAACAAAAUUGUGCCUCUGUCCUGUUAAAGAUUGCUCAUAAUUUUUUAAAAAUGUUUUCUUAAUCUACUCAGUAGUUAUCCUCUCUACCUAUUUUAAGUAAUUUUUCCGCAUAAUGAAAUCAAUGUUAACCUUUUUUAUGCUGGCAAACCUGCAAACAUGUUUGGUUCUGAACACAGUGCAAAUAUAUAUAUAUAUAUAUAUAUAUAUAUAUAUAUAUAUAUAUAUAUAUAUAUAUAUAUAUAUAUACAAUUCUGUACAAUGUUAUGAUUAUUUAUUGUUUUUAUGUAUCACUGUACAGUAUUUAUCAGUUUCAAAUGUCACAAUGUAAUGGGUGAAUAUAAUUGGGGUUUCAGGAGAGACAGAGCUUGGUAGAAGAUGAAGAAAAAGGUUCACAUUUGUCAGGUUGUCCUGAAAUAAUAUUUUGAGUUUAUCCAUUAUCAUUGUUAAUUUCUUUUUCAAUCCUGUAAACAUUUUGGAGCAUUUGUAGAUUACAGUCAGUCCUCAGUCGUUUAACAGUGGGACCAACACUGCACUAGGAUCAAGCCAGUGGCAGUUUAUACUGUAUUUACAAACCAAAAUUCACCAAACUCAGCUGGGUCUGCUGCGACUCCAUCGUGCUAUGAAUUUACGCCGAUACUCGUUUUUCUCCGUGUGACUCAGUCUUUGUUUAUUUAAAAAAAACAGCUUUGACCGAAGUGCUUGUAAAUCCUGUUUUCUGGUUGACUGAGAUGAAUGUGUCUGUCAAUAAAAGGAGAGGGUUGUGUUUCAGCCAUGCUUCACUUAACGCGA